UGUCGUGGCUUUAACAAGUUUUAUUGUGUUUGUACGUAAACAAUGAAUAAUAAGUUGAUGUGGAUAUUUUAACGCAGUUGUGCUAAGAAAAGAAAUAUUGUUUCAUACUGCAAGUCUUCCGGAAUGGAAAGUUUUAAUCACAUAUUGAGCAAGAGCCGAGGACAAGAAGUUGGCCUUAGUGUAACGCUACGCUGCAAGCCCCACCUACAUUGUAUUACAAACCGGACCUAAAGGCGACGUAAGUUCAGGGUGUAGUGGUUUCCUGACCCAAUUUAAAAAUCAGAAUAACUUGAAACAAAUUAGAACUCACGAAAUCAUAUUCUUUGACAGUUAUUCCCAAAACAAUAUUAUUUGAUAUUUCGUUUCGUUAAUUGUUGAUGAAAUUUGAAAUAAAUAUUGUGACAUGGGAAGUUGAGAGUGUAGGUUGGUGACCUGGAUUGAAGAUUAGAAUAACAAUAACUGAUAUGUUACUCGCCUCGAUGAUUCAAGAAGAACAUUAUAUCAAUAUUAUUAAUGUUUAAAAAAGACAUAACUUGAAAUCGGUGAUGCAGUAAAUAUACUACAUGUACUUCAAAUUGAGCAGUUUAAUUAUCAACACGAGAUAACUUUUGUACUAACUACUUCAAAUUGAACAGUUUAUUAACGAGAGAAACUAUUGUACUAUCUACUUCUAAAGCCAUAAUUAGAAACGUUCGUUAUUACUAGUAGUGUCUUGUGUUUUAUCGUCUGCUUCCACAGCGACGUCUAUUGCGUUCUGGCUAACUUUUAAUUCAUCUCGAUCAUUCAGCUUUAGGGAAUUACAACAUCUUUUGAGUAACAAUUAACCUGAUGUCAAAUUUGUAUGUGAAGUUGUUUUCGAAUCACGAGAUAAGAAGUAGCUGAGUAUACACUUUCAGCUUAUAGUAAAUAAUACCUUUCUGUAGUAAGUCUGGUGCCAAAUCGUUUGUGUGUUUUUUCAUGAUGGAACGAUAAGAGAAAAACGUAGCCUGACAAACAUCGUGCACGAAAGCUGUCAACACUGCCAGAAUAAAUAUAUGGGUAUAAUUUUUGUGUUGAGAUGAGACUCUAAGUGAGGAUUUGUCUAACUUGAUCGAAGUUUAAUGAUGCCGGCUAUAUGUUAAUGAAGUAAAUAUACCUGGCACGUGCUAAUCUACCUGUCUUAUCUAAUUCAAGCACCUGUUUUGUUAAUUACCUUGACAACAUUUUGAUAGUCAAUUUACACAAUUAUAAGUAGACAUCAGAUAUAUAUAAUAGUAUAUUUUUAUGUGACAGAAACACCCCUAAAUGUUUCAUGCUAUGUUAUCAAUCCUGCGUCGCUAUUAUAUCUCCUAAAUGCUUUAUUAAGCAAGAUAUAUUUAUAUUCUGCAAAUUAGAUACCGACUGUUCUUGACGCGGAAAUGACGUUGUUGUGUUGAAAGAAAUGCCCUAUCGAAUUACGACAUCAAGAGUCGACAUAUGACGUAACAGUUCCUUUUAUUUGUGAUAUUUGUUGAUUGUGGUGGAAUGUUGUUUUUAAAAGACAAAUAUGGAAUAAUAAUAUAAAGUUGACUAUUAAAAAUAAUUCUAUUUAAAGUGUUGAUAUUAAUAUGAUGCAAGAAGGGAUAUAAGGGGUUUGUUGAUGAAUCAUCGUAUUGAUGGCGGAUUUACUGUAAUCACGGAUUUAAACCAAGUUAUAUUAUUUUAUUGUCACUUGUGAUGUACACUACUGUAAGGAGUGAAAUGGAUGCUCAUGAAAUGACAGAACAGCCAUUAAGACGAAAAUCAUCCCGGACGUCACGUGAUACUACUGAUGAUUACCGAACACGAAGUAAUCGUCGAACUGAAGAUGGCUGUACGACAUGUUUGAGAGGAACAUUGCAUUGUUAUAAUGUUUGUAUCUUGGUUAUAGGAUGUGCGGCUCUGGGUGUUGGAAUAUUUCUAUUGGUAACUGAUUUCAGUGCCCGAAAAGUGACACCUAUUGUAGGAAAUCAGCUGUAUGAAGUGACGACAUACCUAUUAAUAGCUGGUGGUGGUGCGGUGGCGCUGCUGGCGUUUUGUGGCUGCUGUGGGACCAUACGGGAGGAUAAAUGUGUUUUAUCAUUUUAUGGAACAACUUUAGCUAUAGUGUUUAUUUUACUGGGUGUGGCAUGUGGUCUCGCAUUCUUCUUCCGGGCAGUGCUAACAGCAAACAUAAAGUUUAGAAUGAGGAAUAGUUUAACAGAAAGUUAUGGUUUGGAUGUCAGAAGUAAUGCACAACAUAGAAGAGUAACAGAAGCGUGGGAUGCCAUGCAGAGAAGGUUAAAAUGUUGUGGUGUGUCUGGGAAUGUAACUUCUACAGAUUCCUGGUCAUUUUAUAAUUUAAAUACGAUGUGGUAUUUUAAAGAACGAAAUAAGCCUGGUGCGACAGGAUUACAAGUACCAGAAAGUUGUUGUGCAGAUGGAGGUAUUGCUUUGUGUACUGGACAAGAAUAUUUUAAAGGGGCACCAAAUCAUCUUAAUCAUUUUAACCCAGACUUUAGACAAAGAAACCCUUAUUUAUAUACAGACGGUUGCUAUGAUAAAUUAGUAGAAUAUCUGGAUCAAUAUUCCAUAGUUAUAGGACUCGUCGCUGCUGUUGUACCUCUGUUUCUAAUCUUAGGAAUAAUAAUUUCAUUUUGUUUAUGUGCACGUGUAGCGGGGAAUCCUAAUGAUGACGAAGUUGAUGUCUAAAAAUAGCUUCCGUCCUGACCAAUCAGAAUCGACGUUACAUACUGUGCCUCCACCUGAUGCAACUCAUUUGUAUAUAUGUCCAUCCAAAACUAAAACUGGUUGUAAACGAAAACCUGUUUUAGUUGUAAUUUGUAGUACAUUCAUUGGUUGAUUGGAAACUAGAAGUAAAUCGCAACUAAGUGACGUUUAUGAAAUAUUUUUACAAGACACUUCAUAGUAGUGCUGUUAAAAUAUACGCCUACUUGUUUUAAACUAUUAAUGAAUGGCGUCAUGUGAAAUAUAUUUGGAUAUUUGGAACACAUAUCCAAGACUUUCAAACACAAUGAAAAUUUGAUGGGAGAUAUUGUAAAACUGGUGUUAACAACCUCUAAUCAACUCGUGAAGAAAGUAAUGGAAUUGAUGAAAAGCAACAACAACUAUUCGUAUGUGUUUCGGGAAUAAUUUAAAUACUGUCCGUUUAUUGUCCAUCAAAAUGUUCGAGUUGUCUACAACAUGGCUUCUUCAACAAUCGAACAGUGUAAAAUGUACUGACGCAGAUACGUGUCCUUGGUGACGGCUGAUUUGUCAUGUCUUAAUGGCGGAUGGGUCCAUCAUUGAAUGACCACUAAUCACGUGAUUUCGUGACGUUGUUACACCAGUUUUAGAAUACGGUCACGGUCCAUUUUAAAGAUGGAUGUCUUACAGGAAGAUGAAUUGUGAUGAUUUAAAGUGUGCAAUGAAAGGUACAGAACCGGAAGUGAAUAAAAUAAAGCAAAAGUAACUUCUCAAAUGUGAGAAAAUUGGAAUGUGUUAAUUUUAUUGAUGAUACAGAAUAUAAGAGUUGAAACUAUGAUACAUUAGAGCCACUGAAUCAUGUAUUAUUUUAUAAUUUGGGCAAAUAAUAUUCCGUUUAAUACUUGUUUAGAGAAAAAAAAUAUUACUGUGAUUAUUCAAAAGCCACUUAACUACUUCCGGUUUAUUUAAAUGAGUUCGGUGGCUGCCAUCUCCAUGAUAAACUAUUCCAUGUAUUCUGACCUAUGAGAGGGUCUCAAUGCUAAAUAUAGAUAUAUAUAUAUAUAUAGACAUGUAUAAGUGAAUGGGUUCCUUAUGUACAGAUAGUUGUCAUAUAUAAAAUGUAAUUACAUUACAUACAUACAUUAAAGGUCUUGGUGAUCAAGUCUGAGUUAACAGACUAGAUAAUCCGGACAAGUAUUAUCAAGAAUAAGAAACAACAUUUUGUACUUAACGUUUCUGUGUCUGGAAUCCUAUUUAAAAAUAGGAUUUUUUUUUAUUUCAUUUCAAACGUUUUUUCGCUUGAAACAAGUUAUCCUUUCGAAUUUUUGUUCUAAUAAAUAUUCAUGUAAUUUAUCACGUGAUACGGAGUAGGAGUUUGAUGUUUCUUAUUUUGUUUAUUCUUAUUUUUGUUUUCAUUCAUUUUCUGGGGUUUAAAGGGUUUUAAUAGGCGUAUUAUUAAUAUACAUGUAAAUGACAUUAUCUUUAAUGUAUCAACUGUAUAAAACUGAAACGUUCAAACGACAGUCAUCAACAAAUUUUACUUUUUGACCAGGUGGAUAAAAAGACUAUUAGUUUUACCGAAGAAUAAAAGUUAUAUUUACCGAAACCAAGCAGACAGAUCGAUAUGAAUUGAAAUCUAAUAUAUUUCUCUCGUGGGAUUUUAUUUAAAUUUCUAACCUCGGAACAGGAAUCCCUGGAAUAUAUUUCUCUUUGGAAUAUAUUUGAAUUUCUAACCUUCUGUCCUUCUAAUCGCAGUUGUAAAUAAAUAUAACAAGGCCAAUAGUGAGAACUAUGUGCAUGAACAAUUAAUAUACACUUCCGGUCCACCAUUCUUCUAUCAGUAUAGCCUAUAGGUAAUUUGAUCAUAUAUUCUUUCCACCAUUUUAAAACUUGUUCUCAAUUUGUAAAGAACUCAUUUCUUAUAUAUAAGCCCCGAUAUGCCAGAUGGUCCAAGUACUAUAUUUCAGUGCUACAAAACCAAUAAAAUAUGACGGUAACCUCAAAUUAUGUUAUUCAGUUAAGUAAAGUCGCGCUAAAACAAUUAAUACUUAGUAACAUUGGAAUUACGUUUUUGUUAUAAACAAAGACAAUUAGAUAUAGCGGUGUGAAAUUUGAGUGCUUAUUGGAAGGAUACUUUGGAUUGGGAUUAUUUUGAACUCAAUUUCUGACUUUUUUGGAGUAUUGUUUUUGGAAGUUCACUGAAAUAAGUAUUGUAAGUCAAUCGGCAAUAAAGUUCUUUAAACAUUCCAUAUUAUUCUAUGCAUAUCUUCAACUUUGUUUUAUGUAGCUAUGUGGUUAUAAGUAAAUAAUACAGCAAUGUUAAAUUAUUAGCAAAUAUCCACUGCUAAACUAUAGUGUCAAAUUAAGGUUAGCUCACAAUUAUUGGAAUUUCAGUGAUGUUCUGAUCAUUUCGGGGAUUGAGUGAACAGCUACAGUAGUAUAGGUUGUUAUCCUCUUGGAACCUUACCAAGAAAAAAGAACUUCCGACAAGACCAAGGUUUUCGUUGAAAUAAUGUUUUAGAAAUGACAAACAUUGUUUAUACAAUUCCCUUGACGUUUCAACUGUUCCAUGGAAUCACUGUGUAUUGUUUAUUCCCAACUGUCAACAAGCAUUGGAAGUAGUUGCUGAUUUGAUUAAAAAUAAUUGAAAUAGUCGAGGUUGAAUGUUCCACCUUCAUUGUCAGAAAAUCAUUGAUCAAAUCUAUAACGGGCAGCGGAUGUGACGACAUUCCUUCUCAGCAAUUUAUAGUCUAAAUUAUGUUACAUAAACUAGCAACAUUAGUCUCAUUUUUAAUCCCCUUAUUUGGUGAAUUCUAUGGGGAUAUUAAAUCUCUACUUUAAAUAAAUAAUUAUUUAAAACAAAGAUCACCUUUAAACCCUAGCUCUAAGCAAUAAGCGUGGUCCCAAAUUCAGUUCAAUUGCUUAGCUAUUUUGCAUUUUCGUAUAAAAUGUAUUUUUCCAAUAAGUUUGUUUAUAUACGUGUAAAUUGCGUCCUAGGUUUGGCAAUAUUUAUCAAUAUGAAUAUGUUAUUUGCUUUUGUUUAAAUUUAUAUUUCUAUGCUUCAAAUGUUUUGCAGAAUUUCAGCAGAUUCUUUGAUCGUUUUGUCAAAUGUAAAUUAUAUAUCUUGAUUUUGUUUUCUGUUUAAUACAGAUAUAUCACUAUUUGUAUAUGUUGAAUGAAACAGUGAGAAAGAAUGAGAAGUAGAUUUAUAAAAUGGCGGAGAUAAUUGAAUGACUUUUAAAGUUUAGUAGUUAGUAAACAUUUUGUGUUUUCAUUUUGUCAUCAGAUAUGACGAUUAUUAUAAUAAUAUUUUAACUUAUGUGAUACACCCGUAGUCAAAUUUUAAUUAAGUUCUUUAUAAACAGUUUAUUUAUAAGCUUAAGCUCAUUCAAUUCAAAUUCUUCUGUAACAAUGUUCACGAAAAGAAAUCAUGAUUUAUAUGGAUUUUGCAACUAGCGGGGUUUCGAUUCCCCGGUUGUACGUGACAAGGAGUAGGGUCGCCUGUCCAACCUCGCGGGUUUUCUCCGGGUCCUCCGGUUUCCUCCCACUGCUAAAGACCCCUACGCACAAGCUAAUUAUUGAAAUAAAAUUGAACUAUGUGUUAGUCCCGAAAUGACCUAGUUUGUGUCGAGUGGACGUUAAACCCCAUUCUCUCUAUAUAUAGAUUUUGAAAUUAUAAAUUAAAGUAAAACCAUGGCAACCUGACUGAUCAGAUCAAUAAAACCUGUAAUCUACAACACAAGAAAUUAUUGGUUACUACGGAUCACCUGAUCAGUGAUCAACCAAUUAUAACAAAAGCCCUGAAAUAAACACCAGAUUCUUCACACAUGUUGAAGGUCUACACGUGUUGAAGGUCUUUAUUUGGGCUUCAAAUAUUAUAUAAUAUUUAGACAUUAUUCACGUAACAGGCCUAUAAUAAAUUCUCUAGCCUAUCGGAUGGCGGAGAUUCGUCAUUUAAUGAUUUAUAUCAAACUUCUCAAUACACAGGUCAAAAUUCGGUUGAUUACAAUUAUUGUUUAUUACUGGACAACCCUUGCUUGACAUAAAGACUCGAACAUCCUAGUUAAAAACGUUGUUCAGUAAAACUGUAUUCGAUAGCAUUGUGUCAUAUUUUUAAUCAGUAAUUAUAAUACAAUUUAAACCAUCAUUGUAUAAACAACUAUACAAUUACUAGAUGUUUCGUCCUGGGGUUUAUAAUACAAUAUCAGUAACAUAUAUUCGACUGUUAUGGUGUCUAAGAGAAGAUUAUCGUCUUGUUUUCUAUUUUAACCCAACUAAUGACAUCAAGAAUUAAAAUUGAAAUUUGAAUCAAGCAACCCCCCACACCCCCAAACAUUUAUGUAUCUAGUUAGAAUACGAUAGACAGGGAUCUUUGGGGUUGUUAAAAUUGAUUAUCAUUUAAGGUAAUUAGUUUACACUUAACCAUAUUUUUUCAUAGAAGUAAUUGAGGUUUUUUUGUUCAAUCUGUUCUAAUUAAAACUAGUUUGUAUGUAUGUACACAUAUAUAUAAUUAUGAUAUUAAAAAAAUACGUUAAUUUAAGUUUUACGAUGAGAAUUGAUUAAUAUGCAUCUUUUGUAAAUGGAAACUUUCAACGUUAUUAUAUAUUUUGCAUAUA